UCCCCCACUGACUCCCGCCGCAUUAUCCUGAGCACAGAGAGCCCAGCUGCACUCAAAGUGGGCACCCAGCAGAUGAUCCCGAAAAGCCUGGCUAUCUCAUCCAGGCCCAAGGCCCCGGCUCGCCACCAGAGCUUUGCCACAGCCUCACCGAACAGGGAGAUGGCUCGAUGCGACCCCAAACGGAUGUCGGCCCCCAGCAUCUCCCUGGAUGAGGUGGAGGUUGAUGCUGGAGUCACGCUUAAGCGCAAUCUGCGGAAUAUGUCUUACCGGGCAGCCAUGAAGGUGCAGGGGGGCAGUGAGGAGCCUGAGCCUGUGAAAAGUAUCGCCAGCCUGAAGCCCUUGGAGGAGGGCAGCACACAGCCAGCACGGAGCCCAGGCAAGACCAAGAGAGCCUUUGGGAAGAGACGGGUGCAGAGGCAUGGAGGCUCCUUCAAGGAUGAUCCCCGGCUGUACCAGGAGAUCCGCGAGCGAGGGUUGAACUCCAUCCCUCAUGAGUCAGAUGAUGACUUGCUUGAAGAGGACCCCAUCCCAGGGGAGCAACCCACUCCUGAUACUGCCAUUGUGGUGAAGAGCUAUCGACCUGCCCAGAUGACUUGGAGCCAGCUACCUGAGGUGCAGGAAAUGGACAUCCUCGACAAAAUAAGCCCUGCAGAGCGCAAAAGGCAAGAGGCCAUCUUCGAGAUCAUCACCUCUGAGUAUUCAUACAUGCGCAGCCUCGACAUCCUCGUUUGCCACUUCAUGAAAUCUGAGGAGCUGAAGGAGACAAUGACACAGACAGAGCACCACCAUCUCUUCUCCAACAUCGGGGACAUUCUGAACAUCAGCAAGAGUUUUUUUGAGGACCUAGAGAAACGGUACCAGGAACACUUCCUGAUCUCUGAAAUCAGUGACAUCAUGGAAAAGCAUGCACUGCAGCACUUCCACCCCUACGUCAUCUAUUGCUCCAAUGAGGUCUACCAGCAGAGGACGCUACAAAAGCUGCUAGCCACAAAUCCUGGAUUUAAAGAGGCGUUGAAACAGAUUGAAAGGAAACCAGAAUGUGGUGGCCUGCCCAUGAUCUCCUUCCUCAUCCUUCCCAUGCAGAGAGUAACACGCCUUCCCUUGUUGAUGGAAACUGUCUGCCAGAAAACCAACCCAUACAGCACGACGUAUGAAAAUGCCACCCAAGCCCUGAGAGCCAUCAGUAAGCUGGUUAAGAGCUGCAAUGAAGGAGCCCAUACCAUGGAACGGACUGAACAGAUGUACACCCUACAGACACAGCUGGAGUUUGGGAAGAUCAAGCCAUUCCCACUGAUUUCUGCCUCCCGAUGGUUGCUGAAGAGAGGGGAGCUUGCCCUGCUCCAUGGAGAGGAAGUUGGGAUCUUCCGCAAAGGCCGGGUCAACUGCUACCUCUUCCUGUUCAACGAUGUCCUGAUCAUAACCAAGAAGAAGAGUGAAGAGAGCUACACUGUGAUGGACUAUGCCAAGCUGGAUCAGAUCGUGGUGGAGAAGAUUGAAAGCCCUGACCCACCCUCCUCUCCCCCGGGCAAGCCAGGGGCUGGAGGCGCUGCCCGUAGCCCGUGGAACGGCCACUUGUUCCGAGUGAUCCUGAAGAAGAACAGCGAAGGGAGACGGGAGGAGAUUGUGCUGUCAGCAGAGUCCUUGAGCGACCGGGCUCGUUGGAUCACUGCACUGAUGCACAGGGAGAAUGCACAGAAUGACACUUCCAGCAAAGGAGAUCUGAGCCAGGUGGAGAUAAUUAGGGCGCACUUGGCUAAACAGACGGAUGAAAUUUCGCUGCAGCAGGCAGAUGUUGUCCUGGUCCUGGGUGGAGAAGAUGGCUGGUACUUGGGUGAGAGGCUUCGAGAUGGCGAGAGAGGCUGGUUCCCCCAGUCAUGUGCGCAGCAGAUCACCGAUCGCAGUGCCGUUGAGCGCAACGUCCGCCGCCUGGAGCGGCUGCGCAUAGAGACGGACGUAUAGGUCGCCGGCCACAACAGGUGUUUCUGUGAGGAUUCAUAAGGCUCUGAGCCAUGGCCCUGUGAGCUGGCAGGGCCGUAGACCGUGCUGGAGGGAAGGCCAGGAGCACACGCCUGCCAGCUCCCCUGACUUCCCUUCAGGCUGCUGCUCUUGAGAGAAAACUGGUUCCCCUUCUUGCCAUGCCAGUGCUGUGCAGGGACACAAGUUACAUGUCCAUGUCUUGGAUGUGACCUAUCUGUGAGGGCUUUGGACUGGCACAGGGCUGGUUUCAUGUCAUCCAACCUACUUUCACCCCUCCAUUACAGCUGGCCAAAUCUCUAAGAAUCAACUGGAGUUUGCUGCUUGAAAUUGUGCUCCUUGCUUUGAAGCAUUGAGCUUCCCAGAGAAAUGUAUACAGCCUGCCUGGGCUGGAGCUUUUGUUCUGUUUGCCCAUCACUGUCACUGGUUCACUUGUAUGCUCUGUGCCUUUAGCCCUGGGACUAAUGCAUGCCAGGGACACGCACAGCCAAGGUGAAUUUGCAGUUGUCACAUAUAGGGCUUCUUGGCAUUGGCGGGAUGGUGGGGAACGUGUCUGUUUUUUAUAAAUAAAUGUGCAUAAAGAAGA